GUGCUCUACCCAUCCCCGGGAAUGGGCCACCUCGUCUCCAUGAUCGAGCUCGCCAAGCUCUUCGCCCGCCACGGCCUCUCCGCCACCGUCGUCAUCGUCGACUCCCCCUACAACACCGGCGCCACCGCCCCCUUCCUCUCCUCCGCCUCCUCCUCCACCGACCCCUCCGUCUCCUUCCACCGCCUCCCCCCUGCCCAGCUCGCCCCGAGCCCUUCACCCCACCCCGAAGUCCUCGCCUUCGACCUCCUCCGCCGCUCCAACCCCGCCCUCCUCUCCUUCCUCCGCUCUCUCUCCCCCUCGCCCCGCGCCCUCGUCCUCGACUUCUUCUGCACGGACGCCCUCGACGUCGCCGCCGAGCUCGCCCUCCCCGCCUACUUCUUCUUCACCUCCGGCGCCUCCGCCCUCGCCGUGUUCCUCCACCUCCCCUUCCUCCACUCCCACCUCCCCUCCAGCUUCAAGGACAUGGGCGACACUCCUGUCGCUUUUCCUGGCCACCCCGACAUCCCCGCCUCGCACAUGCCCCUCCCCAUGCUCGACCGCGCGGACGACGCGUACAAGGGCUUCAUACGCCCCCUCCGGGCCGGGCUCUGCGUCCCGGGCCGGCCCGUGCCCCCGGUCUACUGCGUCGGGCCGCUGACGCGCGGCGGUAAGAGCACCGGGCACGAGUGCCUACGGUGGCUGGACGCGCAGCCCCGCGGCAGCGUCGUGUUCCUCUGCUUCGGGAGCCUCGGCGUGUUCACCGCGGAGCAGCUCAGGGAGAUCGCGACGGGGCUGGAGCGGAGCGGGCACCGGUUCCUAUGGGUGGUGCGGGCGAGCGAGGACCCGCACCGGCUUUUCACGAGGCCGGCCGAGCCGGACCUGGGCCGGGUCCUCCCGGAGGGGUUCGUGGAGCGAACCAAGGAGCGGGGCCUGGUGGUGAAGACGUGGGCCCCGCAGGUGGAGGUGCUGCGGCACGCGGCGACGGGCGGGUUCGUGACGCACUGCGGGUGGAACUCGGUGCUGGAGGGGAUCUGCGCGGGGGCGGCGAUGAUCGCGUGGCCGCUGUACGCGGAGCAGCGCAUGAACAAGGUGGUGAUGGUUGAGGAGUGGGGGCUGGGGCUGGGGAUCGAGGGCUACGACAGGGAGGAGGGGGUGGUCGGGGCGGCGGAGGUGGAGAGGAAGGUGCUGCUCCGGACGUGGAUCGCCGGAGAAGUAUCCCCCUGA